GGAAUUUGCUGUUCGCUUCCCAUUCUUCCUAUGCAGACAGACACACAACAUGGCGGACUAGAAUAGUCGGCCGACGCGCCCGGAUACAGCGGAUAAACCGUGGGAUUUAACAUCCAGGAAGGCCAAGAAAGUACACUCGGAAGGGACGAUAAGUUAGCGCGAAUCGAGGAUUUUUUAGUGGGGGUGUCGUCCUUGCCUGGAUUUAUCAGCUAAACUGACUGCGAAGUGUUGGCUGUGUGUCCCAGAUCGUGCUUCCCUCCUCUGCUAUCACCCAGGUCCCCCCACCCCGCUCACACUCUCGGUUCCUGGGGUGUGGAGACAGGGGCCGGGGUUGAACAACGUGGAAGAGAAAGAAAGGAUACAUUCUUACUUGGCUUUGAUUUUUUUUUAACCCCCCCCCCCCCCCCCCACCCCCUCUCCUCGGGUUUCCUCUGGGCGCUACAGGAGUUGUGGACCCCGCUGUGCGAAUGAGUGAUUGAUGCCAACUUCGCUUCUUCAGGGCAGAAUGGGUGUGUGUCCCCUGCUCCUGCUGCUCGGUCUAGCCCUCGGGGCCUCAGCCCAGGAUCAUGUCCCCAUCACAAGUCCUCCAAAUAUCACUGCCAAACCCACAGACCCCCCUGCUGCCCCCUCCCUCAACUUUACAGUCGCACGCACACAAGCCCCCACAGGCCCACCCACAACGCUCGCCCCCACAGUCAUCCCGGUGACGACAACAGCAACCACAGGCCCAGCUGGUGAGGACGAUGUAUUACUGCCGGGCACCAAUGCCACCGGGCGGCUGUUACCACUCCCCGCCCCCUCACCUCCCGCUCCAGCUGAUGCCCCCGAGGCACCGCCGAGCACCGAGCUUCCCCCUCCUCCCAUCCCGGCGGAGGGAGACAACGAGACCACAGCCUUCCCUCCGGACACCCCAACUCCAGAUUAUAGCGAUGAGGAAUUAUUCAGUGUGGAGCCGGAGACCACCACCGAACCUGGGAUGGGCUUCACCUCAGACACCAGCCCACAUGACAACAACCAGUCUGAUGACAUGCCAAUCAUAGCCGUCAUGGUGGCCCUGUCCUCCCUGCUGGUCAUCAUCUUCAUCAUCAUCAUCCUCUACAUGCUCAGGUUUAAGAAGUACAAGCAGGCAGGGAGCCAUUCAAACUCUUUCAGACUGACCAAUGGGAGAUCAGACGAUACAGAACUCCAGAGCGUGCCACUAUUGGCCCGUUCACCCAGCACAAACAGGAAGUACCCUCCCCUUCCAGUCGACAAACUCGAGGAAGAAAUGAACCGUCGCAUGGCUGAUGACAACAAGCUCUUCAGGGAGGAGUUUAAUGCGCUGCCAGUCUGCCCCAUCCAGGCAUCGUGCGACGCUGCUUCCAAGGAAGAGAAUAAAGAAAAGAACAGAUAUGUCAACAUCCUGCCAUAUGAUCACUCCAGGGUGCAUCUCUCCUCUCUGGAGGGAGUCCCAGACUCUGACUUCAUCAACGCCUCUUUUAUAAAUGGUUACCAAGAGAAGAAUAAGUUUAUUGCAGCUCAAGGGCCAAAGGAGGAAACGGUGAAUGACUACUGGCGGAUGAUCUGGGAGCAGAACACAGCCACCAUUGUCAUGGUGACCAAUCUGAAGGAGAGAAAAGAGUGUAAGUGUGCCCAGUACUGGCCGGACCAGGGCUGUUGGACAUACGGGAACAUCCGAGUGUCUGUAGAAGACACAAUGGUUCUGGUGGACUACACCAUCCGCAAGUUCUGCAUCCAACAGGUGGGAGAUGUGUCAGGGAAGAAGCCUCAGAGGCUCGUCACCCAGUUCCACUUCACCAGCUGGCCAGACUUCGGGGUGCCCUUCACCCCUAUUGGCAUGCUCAAGUUCCUCAAGAAGGUCAAGAAUUAUAAUCCCCAGUAUGCCGGGGCCAUUGUGGUCCAUUGUAGUGCGGGCGUGGGGAGAACAGGUACCUUCAUUGUGAUCGAUGCGAUGUUGGACAUGAUGAACACCGAGAGGAAGGUGGACGUGUUUGGCUUCGUGACCCGGAUCAGAGCCCAGCGCUGUCAGAUGGUCCAGACUGAUAUGCAGUACGUGUUCAUCUUCCAGGCGUUGUUGGAGCACUACCUGUACGGAGACACAGAGCUGGAGGUGACUUCUCUGGAGUCCCACCUGGCCAAACUCUACGCCCCCUCACCUGGAGCUGGCUGCAGUGGUCUGGAGGCUGAAUUCAAGAAGCUGACAACAAUCAAGAUCCAGAAUGACAAGAUGAGAACAGGCAACCUGCCCGCCAACAUGAAGAAGAACAGAGUCCUACAGAUCAUUCCAUAUGAAUUCAACAGAGUGAUAAUUCCAGUCAAACGGGGAGAGGAGAACACCGACUACGUGAAUGCCUCUUUCAUUGACGGCUACCGUCAGAAGGACUCCUACAUGGCGAGCCAGGGCCCCCUGCAGCACACCAUGGAGGACUUCUGGAGGAUGAUCUGGGAGUGGAGAAGCUGCUCCAUAGUCAUGCUCACAGAGCUGGAGGAGAGAGGGCAGGAAAAGUGUGCUCAGUAUUGGCCCAGUGAUGGAGCCGUGGUCUACGGGGACAUCUCCAUUGAGAUUAAAAGGGAGGAGGAGAGUGAGAGCUACACGGUGCGUGACCUCCUGGUCACCAACAACCGGGAGAACAAGGCUCGAGCGGUGCGUCAGUUCCAUUUCCAUGGCUGGCCAGAGGUGGGCAUCCCCUCCGACGGUAAAGGCAUGAUCAACAUAAUCGCUGCGGUGCAGAAACAACAGCAGCAGUCUGGCAACCACCCCAUUACUGUACACUGCAGUGCUGGUGCUGGCCGGACGGGGACUUUCUGUGCGUUGAGUACAGUCCUGGAGAGGGUGAAGGCAGAGGGCAUCCUGGAUGUCUUCCAGACAGUGAAGAGCCUCAGACUGCAGAGACCACACAUGGUGCAGACACUGGAGCAGUACGAGUUCUGCUACAAAGUGGUCCAGGAGUAUAUCGAUGCCUUUUCUGACUACGCCAACUUCAAGUAGGGACCUGCCAUGGAUGGAUGUCCGCAUACACGUCAUACAAGCAUAUGCACGCACCAGAACACACGCAUACAUUACCAUGCAGACAGCUGCAUAUUCCCAUGUGAUGGAUUAAAAAAAGAAAAGAAAAAGACUCAUCACAACUUGAUCUGUGGAUGGGAUGAACUGCCCGCAGGAAAAGGGAACAGAGGCCUCGGCCCGGAGAACAGGACAGUGCAGUCGGACGAUAACUGAGAUGCCUUCUUGAAUAUUUUGUAAUAUUGGUCUUGUUAAUACAGCCCUUAACCCCUAUUUGCUUCCCCUCCCCAUAUGUAUAUAUACUUACUGUGUUGCAUCUUAUUACUUUGGUUUCUGACACCUGUAAUGUAUUUUAUUAUACAUAUGAAUAUAAAGCUAAUGCUUUCGAGGCAAAUGAAAAACAUCCAGGGUCAAGGUAAUGAUGAUAUGGAUUUUUCUUUUUUUAACAUUUUUUAGGGACAUAGACUCAAAACAUUUGUUGGCUUGGCCAGAGCCAUGCUGUAGCAGAACCCUGAACACUUACAGACUCCAUCUGGACGUUUCUUUCCCCUACUACACAUGCAUACAACACACAAGCAAAGCCAUUUGUCUUCACACAGAUUUAGUUUCAUCUGUCGGGCAAUUUCUCCCCUUUUUAAGUUUCGGAGGUUCAAAGGUCUCGCACCGUUGGAGAUCUCUGUGAAGUAGCUCAUAGACUCAGGUUGACACACAAGACGCACACUAAACACCAGGAGCCAUUCAUUCUUUGAGUUUGUGUGCGCGUUUGUCUGGGAGAGAAGUCUUCUAUCUGCAGGGUGCCAAAGUCCUUCACUCACUUGCAGCUCUGGAGUCUUAAGACCAUGUUUAGAUAUUCAAUACAAGAAAGCUAUUUUACUGUUGAAUGAUCUGCUACCAACACGCUGCUGGACUGUAACGGGAAAUCUUUCACAACAUACAGUUUAAAAAAAUAAUAAUAAUUGGUCAAGCUUUUAUGUUGAAUCUCUAAAUAUAACUUUUAUUUUUUAAGCUCUGUUACUGUAUCUGCAGCAAUGUUGAUCAUGUUGACGAGCCAAAUCACAAACGACACAAUCGCCAGUAACUCCCUUAUUGCAUCAUCAACGAUUGUUAUAUACCCAGCAUAUUUCUUUUCUUGUUUACAGACGCACGUCAGUAUUUCUUGUAGAUUGUAUUGAGCAUUUAUUGGGGGUUUUCUUUUGAGUCUGCCUGAAUUAACACUCUGAUUUAUUUUUAUAUCAGCCUCGCAUGACCACGCUGUACCGCCACACUUUUAGAGAAUGAUUCCUUUUUUCUUUCUUUUUUCCCCACCAUGAACACUGAUGCCGAAGAAUGUCUCUUAUUUUGAAUGCUGUUGCUAUCAUAUUCCUCAAAAAUGGAUACGUUGUUACUUUAAUAGUGGAGGUGUGCCAUGCCGAGUUUGCUCAGAUUUCUUUGUCCUGUGAGGACACGAAGACUUGAAUUACAGUGUGGGCUUUUUUUCAGAUGAGGUCAGAAUUGGGGCUAUGCUCUCAAUUAUGGUGAAUGAUGUCAGUCAACCGCAGGGCUUCAGGUCGGUCAACUCGGUCAGGUCAGGAAAUGACUGCUGCCAAUUUUGUUUAAAUAAAGAAAAUUUAACUAAUUCAGCUUUAGUUUAUCUCCAGAGCUGACACAUUCGAAUGGUUUAAAACCCCCAGGAGUAUUCUGGAUUUUAAAGCCAUGAUAUUAAAAAUAGUUUUCUUUUUAUGUAGAUUUAAACUAGGAACAACCCUAUUAUUGUUCAUAAUUUACAUCCCACACUAGCAGUCUAAAUCACACUAACGGGCCCCGUAUUUAAUUACUUUUCUUAGCGGAAGGAGCACAAUCAAUCCUAAUUUAUUGAUAGUGGAUAACGUCAGUAAAAGUAUAUGCUGAAUUUUUAGGAAGGGUGAUUUGCGUCAAUGUUGAUUGUUUGAACACUCAUGCACUAUUUGCACCAAAAGCAAAGCCCUUAAAAAAAUACGGAACCAAAUGAGAGAUCAGGUCAGGAUGAUGAUACAGCCUUGAUAUUGAAAUAUGGGAACUAUAUGAAGCUCUUUCAGGUCUCAAAGCCUUCUGUAAGGCCCCUGCAGGGACUUAAAAUGAGCAGAUAUUUUAAUUGACAUGUCACUGAAAUGUUGGCUGUUUGUGCAUCGUCAUUUCAGGUCUUUUGUCGUUCCAAAGCAUCACAAGUGCCCGCACUAUUAGUUAGGUGCCAUUAUGUUCUUCGUUUAUUUUAUUCACUUAGGGGGUCUUUAAUUAAUUAGAGGAGGGGAUGCUUUUUGUUUGGCUAUUCUGUCUGUGCUUUAGUAACAUGGGUUUAUUGUGUGUGUUUGGAUCAUGUGACUUUGUCUCACUGCAAUUUGACAGCAUGAGACACACUAUUUUGCUAUUAUAGUGAACUUUAAAAAAAGUGCCUCAAUGGUAAAAACAAAACUUUACAUAUAUGUGGUGCAACUAUUGUACUCCUAAAGGCUGUCCUUUGAAUUUUCACAACUCGCAUGUAUUUCCUCGACUGUCUCCUGAACCUCUUUGUAUGACAAGUCAAAAGGUCCAAAAGCAACACCGGGUCAGUCAUCCUUCCUUUCACAUUCCCCCUAGUCCCAUAUACGUAGAUUGCUUGAUUGUGCAGAUCUAACUAACAUUGAGGUCACUUUUAAAUUAAUUUUAUUAUCUUGAUUUGAAUGGCCAUCUCAUUCCAUAUCACUGAAUUGUGGUAUCCAUGACAAGUAAUCAAUUGUGGCUACCCAAAUGUUCAACAACAGAAAUGUGUAAAUUUUUCCCUACAACAAAUAUAAUUGCAACUUUAAUGCAUCGUCACCAAGGGAAACCAGACAGUUGUCCCUGUUUCCCUUUAUUCCCGGAGUUUCUUACCAUUGGAGCGUUUUGAAUGCCCCGGAGAAUAAAAAUAAGUCUCCGUUUCUAGAGUGUCGGACUGGAGGAAGACUAGAGUCCAACUUCGCUCUUCUUCGGUCCACCUUUUAUAUGUCCUUUAUGUCUCCUGUCCAACUCCACUCACUGUUGUCCACUUAUCGCUUCCUUUUCCUCUUUCACUUUGUCCUUGGACCAUUUAUUCCCAGUGGUCACUGCCCCACUCCCUUUUGUACAUACUGUAAGGUUAUUUAUAUUUCAUUCCAGUCUGCUGCCUUGCUUAUUAUAUUUUCUUCUCCCCGCUUCUUUUUUUUUUUCUUUUGGAAGAAAAAACAAAAAGAUGUAUAUUGAACUGUAUCGGGACCAUUUUGAAAAUGUAUUAGAGAUGUUUUGUUUUGGCCAUUUUUAAUUUGGUAUAAUUGUCUUAAGAAAAUCCUAUUUUUUAAUUUGCCAAUGUUUGUUUCUAGUGUUUUGUUAUUCAACAUUUGAAUAUAUAUGUAUAUAAUUAUAUAUAUGACAAAAUUAUAUAUAAUUAUAUAAUGCCAAAUGGCCUUUCUAAGCAAGAUACUGUUCAAACCUAAUAAAGUGCUUGAGAUUUUA